AUGGCGUCCACUCCGCAGAUUCCACACCAUGACAAACUUGGCUCUCCCGGAUGGUGGCCCGAGCUGGAGUCGACCCUACGAUCCAUGAUCGCUUCUAAAGUGGCCGAGGCGUUUCGAGAGCUGGAUCAUAUCCAUGCCCACCCCGUUCCCGGACAAGGAAAUGUGGACGAGAGAGGGACAGUUUACAAGGCAGAGAGACUCGACUGGCACGUCUUUGCGAAUCAGACACGAUCGGACUACUUUUCCACGGUUCAAGGCGUGUGGAUCGCACACGUGAAAGUUCUCCGCAAGCUCCGGUCGCGAGGUAUCAUAUACCAGAGACUUCGACUUGUUGGGCUCUCUCACCCAAUGUGUGAGAUGUCCUUGGUACCCCUCAUUGCUUACAGUCUUACUAUCGUCUCGACGCUCUUCGAACCCCUCAUGCGCAACUAUCUGAUCCGAUCAAACACCUUCCCCUUGCACGAUGACCCGACAAACUACUCCCCUACUCUCAUGGCGGUGAUACACAUGUUCGCUUUGCUCGGGUACUGUCUGGCGGAUAUCUUUGGGCUUACGCAGCUCGAAGCCAGUGAUGACGAGACUUGUUGCAAGGGGAACUCGAAGGGUGUUGGAUGUUAUGAGGAGACGGCGAGUGAUGUUGGUGAAUUAUCCGGUAGAGCGAGGCACAUGGAGAAGAGCCAUGAGAUUGUAUAGGAGGAGAGUAGUUGACGCAGG